GUAUUUUCCUUGCUGCUUUUCAUUUUUCUGUGACAACAAAAACAGGACACAUAGGCUUUCUUUUUUAAGGAAGGAUUGAUAUCUUCUAGUUACAUGACAUCAAAACCUGGGGGGAUCUGAACAACGUUGUGUAGAAGAAGAGUUGCUGUAAAAACACAGGAACUGAUGACACUGCAUCAAUUGCCAUGUUGUACCAUAUUGCUGCACUGCCUGCCUUCAUUCCCUGGUGUGGGAACUGCUGUGCUAAAAUAGGGACCUGCCAUGGAAUGUUUUUCAAAGGAGCAGCCUACAAAACCAGAUAUACCUACUGGACUCUCAAGGUGUGGAUGAUCAUGGGAGAACAACUGUUAAAGAGCAGCAUCCUUGAUCAAUUUAUUAAUAGCCAUGAGCAGUCAUAUGAGGAGUUUCUAAAUACAUUCACAUAUCUUUUGAAAGAGAAAGAGGAUAAGACAAUUCAGGAAAGUAAAGUGGACUCCUUAAGAAAAAAAUGUUCUACUUCUGAAUUACCAAACAGAAAUAAACAGGAUGGCUCACCCGAAAGAAGCAAAGAAAUGUGGGUGUCAUUUCCACCACGGAUGCCAAAUGAGAAUGAGGCAGUGAUGAGUGAGUGCUCAACAGCUGGUGUCUCUGUUGGAAAUGAUCUCAGUCUGUCUGAAAAAGUGAAGGUGGACAAGUACUUACACUUGGAAGAUGUAGACACAGAUGAAGAGACCUGCAGUGGGUCAUUAGUUCUUCCUGGAGAGGUGGAAGAGACAGUGAGUUGCUGUACACCCUUCUUUGAUAAACCUGUUCAGCCAAAGUUCAGAGCCUGGUCAGUUCCCCAGCCAUCAGACAGCAAAGCCCAAGAGCUACUGGGUGAUGAUGUUCAGCCAUUCUCCCUUGAUGAAGAAUUUGAUUAUGACAAUGUGGCACUGACCCCUAAGUUCUCUGAAGCUGAGCUGAAGGCCCUUACAGAGUUGUUUGAACAGAAAAGUGGUACACAUGUCAAAUCAGCACCAGCUGAAGACUGAGUCAAAGGUGUUGUGUGCAGGGCUGUUGGAAUGACCUUUUCAUGGGAUGAAUGUAGCUCCUUGUUGUACCCUUAUGUAGUGUUCUUAUCUGCGUGGCCAGUGAGUGGCAUCCCUGAGAUUUGUCAUUAUUCUGUCAAGGUGCCUUGGAUCCUGCACUGGCUCAGGGUAGGUGUGCUGGAGUGACUUCUCCACAGGAGCAAAGCAAGCUGGUGGAAUUCAGAAUAACAUCGUGGCUACUCGUGCUUAUAUCUGGUACUGAUUUGGUUCCUGAGUAGUACAAAGCUGGUCCUAAAGCUGCCUUUUACCUCGUUCUUUCAGUAAGGCAAUUAAGAGCUUUUUAAUAGCUGACAAAUCAGUCUAUGAGCUCUUUAAAUGUAUAGAGAUAUAUGAGUGAAUAAAUCUGGGAAUAUUUUUUUUCUCUGUCUUUUGAGUUACUUCAAUUCUGCAAAAAAUAAAUAUUCCUGUUUCCAACAAA